GACCAGAAUAAAAUGCAACAUCAACUUGGAGAAAAUAGUGUCAGCACUAUAGAGGCAGCGAGAUAUGUCAGUGCAUGUCACAGCCUGAGAAACGACCAGCAACGCAGCUGCAGAAGGGCAUCAUUGUUGAGAGGACCCUCAUGCGUCGGGGACCAGUCGGAGGCAGAGGGAGACGCCGUAUUGCUGCGUGACCAACAUGGCUCUUCCUCAGCAUCCCCAGCUGCAGCUGCUCGCUUGUGUUGUGCUUCUCAGCGCAGUCCAACAUAUCGACACUCGCUCUUCGCCAAUAUCGGACCUGAAAUCCAAAAUAUCAGGGGUGGAGGAGCUCUUGGAGGAAUUCCGCAAGCAGCUCCAGCAGGAUCAGGCGUACAAAGUGGGCGAUGUGAUUGACUCCUGUGUGGGCGACUUCACCGCCGUCGGGGAGCGCAUCAUCCGGGCCAAAGCCUCCAUCGAGCAGGGGGCCACCUUCCUGUUGGCCCCGGACAGGGUGUACACCUGGAAGGACUGUCUGCACGCCUGCUGCUCCCAGCCUCACUGCACCGUGGCGGUGGUCCAGGAGGACCCGAGGCAGCCCGGAGACAGUCUCAGCUGCUACCUGUUCAACUGCACCUACAGGAAUAAAAAUGUCUGCUCCUUCGCACCACAGCAGGGCUUCACCACGUACAGCCGGGCUCUCAACACGACGCAGGGACACCUCGCUGUUUCAUCCGGCGGUUCAGCCAGGAGGCCCGGGGAAGAGCAUCCUGAUGGGGAUGAUGCGCAAGAGGUGGAUGAGCCUCCUCGUAGUGACGCUGGACAGGAUGUGGUGAUCCAGCUGCCAACAGAUUGGGCUGUCCUGGAUGGGAGGGACAGUGUGGACGACCAUUUGAUCAGCAACUAUGAAUGGACUCUCGUCAGGGGAGACACAGCCAUCAAUAUGAAGGCGACUCAUCCAGGGCUACUGAAGAUCAGUGGUCUCCAGGAGGGUGUAUACACCUUCCAGAUGACUGUCACUGACACAGCCGGCCAGAAGAGUUCUGACAACGUCUCUGUGACUGUGCUGGCACCAAAACACCAAGCAGAAGUGUGUACAGGUCACUGCUCAAACUACCAGUUCAAGUGUGAUGACGGUUGCUGUAUUGACAUCACCUACGCCUGUGAUGGGAAGCAACACUGUCCAGACCGCUCCGAUGAAGACUUCUGCCCAAACUUUGACAGCAGCAGGAAGUCAGUGACCCACCCUGCUGAUCAGUCAAGCCCUCAUCGGCCUGUAGCCCAGACCGAGGAGGCUGAUGAUGGUCCCAUGCUCCAGACUGGGCCCAGAAAGACCAUAGAGAACACCAUACCACCUCAAGACAGGAGCAAGGCCACCCCUCCACAAAGUCCCAGUCAGCAGGAGGCUCCAGUCAGUCAAGAUCCAUGUGCUGCAGCUCCAGUUGUAGGACCCUGUAAAGGCACCUUCCCACGUUGGUACUAUGACCAAAAUGCGGGAGAAUGCAAACACUUCCUGUAUGGCGGUUGCCAGGGCAACCAUAACAACUUCCUCCAGGAAUCUGACUGUGUCAGUGAAUGUAUACAAAAAAGUCCAGCUUUCAAACCAGCAACUGUGGCUCCCCCGAUCACCAAACAAACUGAGAUAGCUGCCCCUAAAGCUGAGACUGACGUCCCUGUCUCCAAACCAUUUCCAGUAAUGGGAGGGCAUCCAGGACCAGAGUCAGGUGCAAUCCUUCCUCUGGCCCUCGGCCUCAUCAUCACUGCUCUGCUGCUGCUCAUGAUCGGCUGUCGUCUCAGACUUGUCCGUCACAAGAUGAAGAAAGCCCGACCCCUAACCACAGAGGAGUCAGAUUACCUCAUCAACGGCAUGUACCUGUAGCCAAUCAGACAGAGGCAGCAAAUACAAGAGCGCCGAGAUCAGAGAGAGAGGUGUCGUCACCAGAGCCUGAGAUAGGACUUUUUGAAUAUCCAUUCUGUUUCUAGCUGCAUGAUGUCUCUAAUUUGUCCUCACAUCAGUUUGGAAACAUCCCAGCUCUCUACUCUCUCUCAUGAACGUUUCUGAACACCCCCACAAUGAACCCCUCUGACUGGAAAAUCUGCUGCUGACACAUAUUCAGAUGCUUGUGAUUUCAUAUUUAUGUUGUCUUAGGAAAGUCUGAUUGUGAAUCCACAAUGAGAGUCAACAUUCCCAGUUCAACACUGAUAUACAGCUGUCUAUAGUUCACCCAAUGACUUCUGGGAUACGUGCAGUACAAGAGGCUAUUUUGUCCCUGUUAUUAAAAAAUAAUUUUAUUCCUAAAAUGCUACUUUCUUUGACAUCAAAUUUUAUUUUUACUUGAGAUGUAUUUCCCAGACUAGUGCAGCACACAGAUUUGCUGUAUUUCUGCCACUGGGUGACACUAAUGCACCAUUUGUGCUGUAGAUUUUACCUAAGUUAACUUACCUAAAGGGCAGAAAUGUAACACACUGGAGUGCCUGUUAGUGCACUUUUUUUGACUUAUUAGGAAUCAACAACUUAUUCUUAAAGUGUCUCACAAUCAUAUAAAGCCAUAGCAAGUUGUAUUCCUGUCUUAAGUUUGUUGCGUUUUUCUUUACUAAUCAAACUUAUGUGGAGUAUGUACUAUAUUUGCAUUGGUGUAUUCCCUUAAAGUGCUGUCUUUCGUGUGAGAUAUUAAAAUUUAUA